AUGAAAGACAAUAAAAGCCCUGGGUAUGACGAAAUCAAUGCCAAAAUCAUUAAAACUGUCGCAACAGACAUUAGUCAACCACUUACCCAUAUAUUCAACUUUAGUUUUGCAACAGGUUUUAUCCCUGAGCAGUUAAAGUUGGCCCUGGUUACUCCUAUUUUUAAAGCGGGUGAUAAACAAAUAUUUGAAAAUUACAGACCUAUUUCCGUCCUGACGUGUUUCUCUAAACUAUUAGAGAAACUUAUGUACAAAAGACUAAUUAGUUUUAUUGAGAAAAACAAAAUACUAACAGAAAACCAAUAUGGUUUUAGGUGUAAUAAAUCAACAGAAAUAGCAAUUGUAAAUCUUGUUAGCAAAAUUACCAAAGCAAUUGAUGAAGGUAAAUAUACAAUAGGAAUUUUUCUUGACCUAUCAAAAGCUUUUGACACCGUCGAUCAUGAUAUUUUAUUAAAAAAGAUGGAGCAUUAUGGAGUAAGAGGGCUUGCUUUUAACGUGGUUCAAAAACUAUUUAAUGAAUAUUGUGAAAUUCAAAGAGGAAAAUUCUAA